AUGGGUGGAGGACUAAUAGCAGAUGAUUACUCAACUGAUCCUGCAGAUCUGGAUUUGACUGAAUUGCUACUGGUCUCGGAGGAUGGUUCUGUUUCGGAGGUUACUUGUGAUUUAGGUUUACAGCAGAAACCUACAGAGUUGCCAAUGGAUGAACCUGUUUUUGAGGUUGGCUUAACAGAGUUGCCAAUGGUGACAGAAUCUUUGGAAGAGGAUGGAUCGGUUUUGGAAGUUGGUUUGACAGAGCUGCCAAAGAACUCAGAAUCUUUGCAAGAGGAUGGACCGGUUUUGGAGCUUGGCUUGACAGAGUUACCAAAGGUCACAGAAUCUUUGCCUGAGGAUGGACAGGUUUUGGAGGUCGGUUUGACAGAGUUGCCAAAGGUCUCAGAGCCCUUGCCUGCGGAUGGUUCUGUUUUGGAGGAUACUUGUGAGUUACGUUUUGAGCAGAAACCUGCAAGAACCCUACUUUUGGUCAGACGUUCUGGUAACGGGAAAAGUGCCACAGGGAAUAGCAUUCUCGGAAGUCGAGCCUUCGAGUCAAAAGGCCGUGCAUCAGGGGUAACUACAGCCUGCGAGCUGCAGAGUUCGACGCUACCCAAUGGCCAGAUCGUCAAUGUUAUUGACACUCCAAGUCUCUUUAGUCUAUCUCCAUCAACCGAAUUUACAUGCAGAGAGAUUUUGAGGUGCUUCUCUCUUUCCAACGAAGGGAUUGAUGCAGUGCUUCUUGUAUUUUCCUUGAGGAACCGACUCACAGAAGAGGAGAAAUCUGCGCUUUUCGCAUUGAAGAUCCUUUUUGGAAGCAAUAUUGUUAACUACAUGAUCGUUGUUUUUACAAAUGAAGAUUCCCUUGAGGAUGAUGGUGACACAUUUGAUGAUUAUUUGAAAGACUGUCCUGAUUUAAAGGAAAUUAUUGAGGCCUGCAAUGACCGCAAGGUGUUGUUUAGGAACAGGUCUAAUGCCCCUGAGAGUCAGAAAGCUAAGCAAGUUGAGGAGCUUCUCAACUAUGUUGAAGAAAUUGCAAGGUUGAAUGGUGAACCAUUUAUGUCUGAUUUAUCCCAUCAGUUGAGGGAAAAUGAAACUGCCUUCAAGAUAAAGCAGAGGAAGAUUUCAGAAAUGAAGGGCUGGUACACAAAACAAGAGAUGUUUCUAAAGAUGAAAGACAUGGAGAGGUCUUUUAAAAAUGAGCAGCUCAGGCAAAUGAUGGAGAGGGUGGAGUCACAGCUGAGAGAGACAACAGAGAGGCUAGAGCAGCAGCUGAACCAAGAGCAAGCUGCAAGACUUGAAUUGGAGAAAAGGGCGAUGGAAGCAGAGAAAAUGUCAAGUGAUGUGGUAAAGAAGCUGGACGAAGAGAAAGCUGCGAGACUUGACAUGGAGAAACGAGCAAAUGAAGUAGAGAAAAAUUCAACUGGUGUGAUUGAGAAGCUGAGGGAAGAUCUAAGGAGAGCUGAAGAAAUGGCCAAGGAGCUCAAUGAAAAGGCUAAACAGUGCAUCAUUCUUUGAUUGAUACUGUGAUCAAAAAGACUAAAUUUGAUGCUUGAUGAAUGGAGUGAUGGGUUUCUUGUUAUCUUAUCAUUGACGGAUAUAUACUUUCCCUAAGUUGGGUUGGUUUUUUCUGCUUUCUCACUUAUUGUAAACCUUUUAUAA